AAUCUCAAAUUUGGUUAAUGAUUAUGAAAAAUAGAGUAUUUAUUUCCUUCUGAACCAUACCUAAAUUGCUUGGCUUCACCCACCUCUAAUACUAGAGUCAACUACAUAUAAAACUCAAUUAACAAAAAAAACGCUCUUAAAUUUGUUUUUUUUAGAUAUUUAAAGAUAAGUUUUUGCCUGCAGUUGAAACUGACAUAUUAAUCUGGUUUUUAUUCUGUGACAGACAAACAGAAAGUUUGUAUGUUAUCACCUGCUGAUAUAGUAGUGUAUUUAUAUCACCUACUGAUAUAGUAGUAUAUUUAUAGCCUCAUUUACAGCGUGCCUUUGCUUCAAAGCUGAGAACUGUGAAGUGGGUUUGGAAAGUUUUUUGCCUUUUCUCUUUCAAAUGGAAAAAUUCCAUGUUCUUGUUCUAUUGGUUGUCUUCUCUUUUUCUUUGUUUCAUGGAGGAAUAGCAAGAGCCGUCAAAUCCCAAGGGGAAUCAGAAGAAUGGGGUUACGUUCAAGUCAGACCAAAAGCACACAUGUUUUGGUGGCUUUUUAAAAGUCCUUACAGAGUUGAACAGCCUUCCAAGCCAUGGCCAAUAAUUUUAUGGCUACAAGGUGGACCUGGUGCAUCAGGCGUUGGAAUUGGAAACUUUGAGGAGAUUGGGCCUUUAGACACCAACUUGAAGCCAAGGAAUUCCACUUGGUUAAAAAUUGCAGAUCUUUUGUUUGUGGACAACCCAGUUGGAACAGGAUACAGUUAUGUGGAGGAUGCAGAGUUGUUGGUGAAAACUGAUGAUGAAUCAGCAACUGAUUUAACUACUUUGCUGAUGGAAUUGUUUAAUACAGAUGAAAGCCUCCAAAAGAGUCCUCUGUAUAUUGUGGCAGAGUCUUAUGGAGGAAAAUUUGCAGUCACUGCCGGAUUAUCAAUUCUAAAAGCUAUUGAAGCUGGAAAAUUGAAGCAAAAACUUGGAGGAGUUACCUUGGGAGAUAGUUGGAUCUCCCCAGAGGAUUUUGUGUUUUCUUGGGGGCCUCUUCUCAAGGAUGUUUCACGGCUAGACAACAAUGGUCUGGAAAAAUCAAACAGUCUAGCCGAGAAGAUUAGCCAGCAACUCAAAGAUGGUGAAUAUACUGAAGCAACAAAUACUUGGAUUCAACUUGAGUCAGUAAUUGGAGCCUACAGCAAUUCAGUGGACUUCUACAAUUUUCUUUUGGAUUCAGGGAUGAGCCCAGUAGCUUUAACAACUUCAGCUUUCUCCAAUGGAAUUUUUGCAGUUAACAGAUACUCAAGAUAUCUGAGUUCCUUAAGGGUCUCUCCAGGCAAUGAUGAUGGCGAUAUUGAUAGUUUGAUGAAUGGUGCCAUUAAGAAAAAGCUUAAGAUCAUCCCAGCUAAUGUGUCAUGGGGAGGGCAAUCAGAUUCUGUUUUCUGGUAUUUGGCAGGUGACUUUAUGAAGCCAAGGAUUGCUGAGGUUGAUGAGCUCCUUUCUAAAGGAGUCAAUGUCACCGUCUACAAUGGACAACUUGAUGUGAUCUGUGCAACAAAGGGGACUGAAGCCUGGAUUGAUAAGCUCAAGUGGGAAGGACUCCAAGAUUUUCUAAACAAGGAAAGAAUUCCUCUCUAUUGUAAGGACGAUCAAGCUACGAAAGGCUUCUUCAAAUCUUACAAAAAUCUGCACUUUUACUGGAUUCUUAGAGCUGGACACUUUGUUCCUGUUGAACAGCCAUGUGUAGCAUUGAACAUGGCUAGGGCAAUCACACAGUCGCCAGCUGCAGAAGCUUCUUGAGUAGAAUAAAAACGAAAGAAGAAAGAUUUGAUGUGAUUUGUUGACAUUUCAUUUCAAUAAAACAAACAGCAAAGGAACAGAGGAUUGCUUAUCUUCAGAAAUAGUAGUGGUUCAGAAGCUGAGACUACACGAAAAGCAAUUAUUACAGAAGGAGAAGAUGAUUAUUGAUGAAGUGGAAAAGCUAAGUUGUAAUUUAUUAUGAUCAAAGGGGAGAAAAAAAAAAAGAAGAGAAAGAAUACAAACAAGUGAUUGAUUUAUUUGAACAAUAUUGCAAAUGAAAAUCAAACCAGGAAAAAAUAUGUUACAGAUCAAAAGCUGAGAUCCAAGUUUUUAGUUCCUUUGUCAUCCAGCAUUAAAGAAACAAGAACAAUAUUUUAA